AUAUACUUAAUCAUGGCAUGGGCGUUUGGUUGUGUUUCUGGUCGUUUUUGUUUAGUUACUGUGAGAAGGAGCAGUGUCGUCCUAACAAGAGUAUUUCGCAAAUCCGCUUCUUCCACCUGCGAUCACGACCCUUGUCUUUCUUGCUACCGUAAUUUCAUUUUGCUUUUGUAGACUCAUUCCAUUGUUCUUCGUCUCUUUUACUUUUUCCUAGUUAUGGUUGAGCACAGCGUUUUAAGUUAUGCGGGUUACUAUUAUGGCAAAGAGUGUGGUUAUUGUGAAGAAAAAAACAAGAAUGAACAGUUUGGGCUUUUUGGGAAUGCCUUAACUUCUGAGGCUUACCAGAUUCUAAUUGAUCGAGGAUGGAGACGAUCUGGUAAAUAUCUAUACAAACCCAAUCUACGCAAUUCCUGUUGCCGUAUGUAUACAAUUCGACUGGAUGCAACCCAAUUUAAGCCUUCAAAAGAGGUUAAAAAGAGUUUGAAGAAAUGGAAACGUUUUCUUCUUGGUGACAAGCUUUAUCAAAAAGUGUAUGCAAACAAACCAUUCCAAUUAGACGACUACAUUGGGUCCAAUGCUUUGGAUAAAAGUCUUGAUGAUGACAAAGUAAUUCAUAAACUGACAGUGGAGUUGGAGCCAUCUUCAUUUUCAAAAAGGAAAUUUGAAUUAUACAAAAAGUACCAAAAAGCAAUUCAUCAUGACAAGGAAGAAGAAUUGACGGAGGAGGGCUUUGUGCGUUUUCUCUGUGAUUCUCCCUUGGAGGAGGUGUGUGACAGUGAUAUUGAUGAAGACGAACUUUCCGAUGACGAGAACAAUCACCCUUUAUACGGAUCUUUCCAUCAACUUUACAGUGUAGAUGAUGAACUUGUCGCAGUGGGCGUUAUUGACUUGCUCCCACAUGCUGUAUCCAGCGUGUAUUUCUUUUACGAUCCCGACUAUAAAGGCUAUUCGCUGGGUAAGCUGAGUGCCACGUACGAAACAGUGAUGGCUAAGCGGAUGGGCUACCAAUAUUACUAUAUGGGUUACUACAUUCACACAUGCCAAAAAAUGAAAUACAAGGGACGAUACGGACCUAGUUACCUGCUGAAUCCUACUACAUGUACAUGGUUACCGCUGUCGAAAUUUGUAGAUUGCUGGGAAAAUGGAGCUCCCAGGUAUAUUUUCUUUGACGAACAAGGUCAGAUGCAAACUGCUGCCGAAAUGUCUCGCGAAAAUGUUCAGAAAGACGACUUGAUGCAGUCAUUCAAACGUAAAAUGCCUGGAAUUGAAAGCGAAGAAGCAGCAAGAAAGGCGAUUGAUGACAACCCUGGUGGAUAUGCUUACGGCAUGCUCUUUCCGGCGAAGGGACUCUGUACCAGCUUAGCUAAGAUGGAAGAUGUAUUUAUGGAAGUGAAUGCUACGGUUGGUCUAGAGUUAGCUAAAACAUACGUCUUGCAAUUGUAACAAGUAGGCUAUGCGUAUAGAUACUUAAUGACUAUGCUUAAAUACAAGUACUGUAAUCCCCUCCGUCUCCUGAUAACAUUAUUCAUCUUUUCCUGUUCGCCGUAACCGCAACCACACGAGACGUAACUUGGUCAACGGAUUCCAUGACGUGAGAGUCGCAGUCAAUUCAGUAUCCAGGAAACUCGGACGGUUCAGAAUAGGCCAGUUAACGUAGUAGGAACGAUAAACGAGAAUGAUGGAGAGCCAACAUCCCAGCGAGAUACCCCAAAGCGUAAGACGAAAUGGAUUGAUGCCAACACUUAACACGUCUGCCAGACUAAAUAAGCAUGUAAGAGCAAGGAAAAGUGGAGCGCAUCGAAUGGGCCACGGCCGAGUGUCGACAAACAGUCGCGAAUCCGUUGACAAUGAAGGUAUGUAGUUUCCGAGCCCUAAAUCAUAGCUGUCUUGUUCCAUUCCGUCAUAAAAGUUGUUGUUUAUAUAGCGUUUAAGGCUAGAUACGAGGUCAUUGUACAAGCCCUUCAAAGUUCGCUUGCCGUAUUGGGUCACAUCACUUCGUAAUGCCGGUGUACGUGCAUACGAUGUGCUCACCGAAUCACCGUUUGCAACCCAGAGUUGUUGAAAAUUGGUAACAAAUUCGGGAAAGUCCGCAAGUGUCUGGGUUGUUGUUAAUAAGCCGACGUCUCUUAGUUGUUGAGUAAUAACGAAACGACUGAAGAAACUCUGUACUAGAUUUGUUCUGUCUAAACAGUCCAUGCAAUUGGUUCGCAUAAAUACGGUUUGUCUCCGGACGACGGUAUUUCCCUUCACCAAAAAGUAUGUCGGCUCUUUAAAGUCAUCUUCAAACUUUGAAGUAAAGUAUAACAGUGCUUGGUUCGGAAGACCGCCGCAUUCUUUUUGGUAAUCGACAUAACGAUAAUCUACGUCGGGGUUAUCGAGUUUGUUAAGCACACUCUCAAAGGCCAGUUUAAGCGGUUUCUCGCGGCCACUUUCCUUAAUAAGAUUGACAACAACUAUGCGACCAUUGUAAGUUUCUCGAAGUUUGUAGAAAUGUCUUUGUGCAGCAUCCUCUGAAAGCAAACUGGAGGCACAAUGCAAGCGAGGAUAAUAACGAAGAUCGUUCACUUCGUACCAAAACAGUGGAAUGCUGCCUCGUAUUUGGACAUAUACCAUGAGAAUUCGAUUUUCAGUGGGCUCGUGCAGGGACUCGAGAAACAGCGUAGUCUCUGUCUCAUUAAAGUUUGCAACAUCUCCAGCUGUGUCUAUGCCUCUGCUGAAGUAUCGAGUGCCGGCUCGAUAAAUACUUCUACGAGUGAUAAUUCCGAGUUCGACCGUAUGCGUUCUAAUGAAGACGUUUCGUACAGACACAAAACCGUGAAUCAUGGGUACAAUCCAGUCAUUCACAAGUGGGUUUUGUUCUGCCGAUGUCAUCAAGCUAGAACAUGCGUACUUGUUCCAAAAAAAAGAAGGAUUUGCAUGUCUCCAAAAUGGCUGUGAACCAUAACCUUCUGCAUUCCGCUGAAACGUAUUCGUAAGGUUUGUAGUUGGGGAGAAGUAGAUAUGACCGUUUGAUAAAUGACGCUUGAGCAGUCGGAGCAAUUGUUGCUCAGUCUCGUCUCGAAGAAUUGCCAAUGUCAUCAUUAAAGGGACCACCGCGAACGAUGUUGCUUCAUAGAUUUCAUGAGAGGCGAUUGAGGCUACAUGACUUGCCUUUCUAACGAGAAUCAAAUACUUUGUCAGCUUUAAGGGAAUGAUUCCGUACAAGCAAAUUGCCGGUUUUGACGUUACAUUCGGUGGUUUUCGAGCUUGGGAGACUCCAAUGUUACCGUUUACACGAGAUAUCUCUAAAAUUGCAUUUCGUUUCGUAUCGUGCAAUUGAAUGCUGUCAGCAGUCUCAAACACAUCUAACUGCAUGGCAAAUAUGCAAGGGAAUUGUACUGAACAAUUCACCUUUCUAUACAACCGGCCGCAGACGGUGCAAGACUGUAGCUGUGUGAAUCCUCUCCCCACAAGAACAGUGGGGUCCGUGUGGGGAUUAGUGGGGUGAUAAUGGGGGUGUGGAGGUCCUAUUGAUUUCUGUAUGUAGGAAUACAAAACAUCCAUCAAGCAAAAGUUCUACUGACUA